GGCCGGCGCCCCGUCCCGCACGGACCAACCCCGCCCGGCAGCUCCGCUCCGCUCCCCCGGGGCCUGCGUCCGGACUCGGGGCUCUCCCGCAACUUUCCAAGCUUUUCUUUCGGAAGGAGUUCGCGCGGGGACGCGCCCUAGCCCACCGCCACCAUGGAUGCCAUCAAGAAGAAGAUGCAGAUGCUGAAGCUGGACAAGGAGAACGCCUUGGACAGAGCCGAGCAAGCCGAAGCGGACAAGAAGGCAGCGGAGGAGAGAAGCAAGCAGUUAGAGAGUGACAUUGUGCAAUUGGAAAAGCAAUUGCGUGGGACGGAGGAUACAAGGGACCAAGUGCUGGAAGAGCUUCACAAGUCUGAGGACAGCCUCCUCUCCGCAGAGGAGAAUGCUGCCAAGCUGGAGGACGAGCUGGUGGCUCUGCAAAAGAAGCUGAAGGCCACUGAGGAUGAGCUGGACAAAUACUCCGAGUCCCUUAAAGAUGCACAGGAAAAGUUGGAACUGGCUGACAAAAAGGCCACAGAUGCUGAGAGUGAAGUAGCUUCUCUGAACAGACGCAUCCAGCUGGUUGAGGAGGAGUUGGAUCGGGCUCAGGAGCGCUUGGCCACUGCCCUGCAGAAGCUGGAGGAGGCUGAGAAGGCUGCAGAUGAGAGUGAAAGAGGAAUGAAGGUCAUUGAAAACAGGGCCCAGAAGGAUGAAGAGAAGAUGGAAAUCCAGGAGAUCCAGCUCAAAGAGGCCAAGCACAUUGCUGAAGAGGCUGACCGCAAGUAUGAAGAGGUGGCUCGUAAGCUGGUGAUCAUUGAGAGCGACCUGGAGCGCGCUGAGGAGCGUGCUGAGCUAUCAGAAAGCCAAGUCCGACAGCUGGAAGAACAGUUAAGAAUAAUGGAUCAAACCUUGAAAGCAUUAAUGGCUGCAGAGGAUAAGUACUCACAGAAAGAAGACAAGUAUGAAGAGGAGAUUAAAGUUCUGACUGACAAACUGAAGGAGGCUGAGACCCGUGCUGAGUUUGCUGAGAGGUCAGUAACCAAGCUGGAGAAGAGCAUUGAUGACCUAGAAGAUGAGCUCUAUGCUCAGAAACUGAAGUACAAAGCCAUCAGUGAGGAGCUGGACCACGCUCUCAAUGAUAUGACUUCCAUGUAAAUGUCCUCCCAGCCUGUGCCUGCUGCUGCUUCCCUGCCCUCACUGAUUGCGCACUUCCGCCCUUGUGAAAUGAUGCUCCCUGUGUAGUGGGAGAUGCUUUCCUUUAGAGACAAUAGGUGUACAAAAUACCAUGAACAAUUGCUUUACCCUGGCAAAGUGUGGGUGAGUGUUGUGCCAAGCCUGGUAAAUACUCAUGGUGAUUUUGUAAGCUUGUGGUUACUUUUUUGAUUCUGUGUCUGCAAUCCUUGUGUCUUGUGGUUGCCCUUUGUUUGUAGCUCUGUGUUUAUCCUUUCAGUUCACCUCUGUUCAAACAUUAUCUACCAGGCACAUCAUGUUUGUUUUACCAAAGAAAAUUGCUGUGGUAUGUGUUGCAUUCAGAGUGUAUUCCUUUGCCUGCUGUCACAAUUUUUGCUCUGGCAAAGUUCCUGCAAAAAUGUCAGAGAAAUUUAGAUUUAGCUGUAUUCUCUGUUAAUGACAGUAGAAAGUGUUUAUCUAAAUUUUCAUAACUGCUCUGAAAAUUUCAGCUGUUAUCACUGAAUUCCAUGUGUGGAAAUGGAUUGAAAAUGCCUUGUCAUUUAAACCCAUAAAGGCAACAAUUUGUAGGUUUCUUCUGGGUAGCAGUAGUAAUUUUAUUUGCAUACACCAAAAAUGUGGUAAUACCAACUUUAGUCAUAAGGAGAAAAAUAAAGAGUGGCAGGAAAGUAGAAGAGUCAGCAGCUGUGACUGCUCAGUGCAGAGUUUGACACAAAGUGACUCUGAACAGAGGUCAGCUGUGCCACCUCCACCUUCCCAUGCAUGGACACUGCAGCUGACAUGGGACAGGGCAAGAGCUCUGGCUCUCAAGUGCUUAGGAGGUUUAGCGAUGUUUAGUCCCAGCAUUCCCUUUUGGAAACCCAGGCAUGCUUUCAACAGGACAUAAGGUUUGCUUAUGUCUUUGAGCUUGAAACCUAUUUUGUUUGCACUCAUAUUUUAAAUGUUUUUUUCUUCUUGUUGUUUUUGUCCCCAUGUCUGUUCAUUACUUUCCUCCUUCUCUCUACCAACAUUUUAGGUAGAGGUCUCAUGUUGCCUGCUUUGUAUGCUUUGAUUCUUUUGUUUUCAAAUUCCUCCCCAACAUAUGGUUUUGCUUAGUGGCUUAUCAAGCAAAUGGAUUUCUUUUUUCCUCCUCUUUAUACAGAGAUUACAAUAUUUCUUCAAUUUGGGAUAUUUCUAAGUGGAAAACAGAUUUAAAAUUGUAGUCUACUGGUAUAUGAGGACAUGACUGUAUCAUUCCAGUCCCAGCAUGGUGUGCUGUUUCUCUAGCAUAGUCAUCUCAGCAUGCUGGGCUCUGCUGUGCCAUUACUGCUUUUUUGAAAGUCUUUCUGCACCUUUUUUCAUUUUCUACCUUAUCUCACUUUUUCUUUUCAUGCAGAUAAUUUUCUUUGCUUCAGUUCUCCAAAGACAUCUUCAUCGGGUUGGAUAAAACAUCUUUCCAAGCUUUGGAUGUUUCAUGGGCUCAUUGUCCUGUCUUCUAGCUUAGUUGACUCUUUCUCUAUCACCUGUCUCAGAACAUGCUCUGUUUGUGCUCUGCUGUACAGAAACUACAUUUCUCAAUGUAAAAUAAAUAUCCCAGCU